AGUGCUUCCGGGGCACUUGGUGCAUCGUCAGGGACUGUUGUUUCAGUAGUAUUAACUUGUUUAUCGUUAUUUUUCAAAGGUUUUGUGCUGCUACUUUGCACGAGGUUCACCAGCGACCCGAUCCGAAUGUUUUUGAUUAUUUAAAGUAGGUGAAAUAUGUUUCUUUUGGUGCGAGGAUAAAAAAAAAAAAAACAAUUUUUAUUCGAUCCAAACAGACACUAAAACGGAAGUGGUGCCAAACUUUUAGUUGGACAUGGAGCUCCACUGCUACAUGUGUUAAAUAUGUUAUACACCAGCUUGUUGACUAAGUAAAUUCUCUUCACCCUCAUUCAUUGAGAGUUUUUUCUUUUUUUUCAAACACAGCAGAGACUUCCUAAUGUCAUCUCCUCCUCAGGGAUAUCGCCACCAUGAUUAUUGUGAGGCUGACAGUGACGUCACCUCCUUGGCCUGGCUGUCAAUAUGCAAACAGACCAGAAAUGAGGACAGCAAAUCAACAUCUGCUGCAUCUGGCUUUGGUGGCAGCAGGGGAAAUGUGUCCAGAGAAGCGGCAGACGACAGGAAGUCCAGGUCAGGUUCAGGCGUUGCUGAAAAUCCAGCACCAGACGGAUCGGACCAGCCCAUCUACUCUGCGGCAUGGGUUGACGACAUCCUUCAGCGGUUUGGUCUCCAGAAGGAGGACCUGGAUGAGCUGAACGCCUACCCCGAGGAUCACAUCACUCCUGAAAAUCUGAACCACAUCCUGGCGCGGAUCUCCCUCCAGAAGAAGAGGAGAGCUGCAGGAAGCUCCGAGUCCCAUCCCGACAUGGGUGAGAGCUCGGAGGACAGAUUAAACAGUGGACGGCCAUUAAUAAGGCAGGAAAACAUGCCAAGAAGUCACCUGGGAUCAAAUACAGCGAUUGACAACGGUCAUGUUGGCAGAAGCACGGUUAAGACUGUGGAAAAUCCUUUCAGUAAGGAAGUACUUCCAAAACCUCUGGUGGAGGUAAAAAGCAAACCUUCGGACUCUGAUCCGAGCCACAGCUCGAAGAUUAGUGACCAAAAUGAAAUACUUUUGUCCAAAGGCAAACCUAAACUCUCCAAAUGUGCGAUUUCAAACCAACCGGGUUCAGGUAACCUUUCCACAUGCGAGUCCCCCAAACCCAGCUCUCAGGGCCCUGCUGUUCCUCCCAGGCCUCCAGAACCGAACCGUCCGAACGCUCAGAAAAGUGAAACUAAGUCAAAGGAAGUGGACAAAAAGCCUCCCAAGAAGCAGAACCCUGAUGAUGGCACGGAGCUGAAAGUCGUGCAGCAGGAGCAGACUAAGACAGUGUCGACGACCCAAAAGGGCUCGAAGGAGCCGGUUUUAAUCGCCAAAGCAGCUUCCAGCAAACCGUCUGAGUCUAAGGCGUCAGGUUCUAAAAGUCAGCCUCCACCGGCCACCAUCAGAGACUAUGAAGGAGUCAAACCGAAGGUGUUUCCACACACCUGCUCGCUCUGUAACAAGGCGUGUUCUCACAUGACGGUUUGGCGUUCCCACCAGGAGACAGAAUCUCAUCGUGAGAACCGCAGAUCCCUCCGGAAAAGAUAUCCAGACUGGUGUAAAGAGCAUCCUCCGUCUCCCAGAAAUGCUGAGAGAUCGCCCUCAGCAUCUCGCUCUCAGCGUCGUCGCCAGAAGAGCGGACGCCGGAGUCGUUCUCGCUCCCGCAGCCCAAGCCGCCCCCGCCGCCGCAGGUCUGAGGGUCGAAGGGACAGACGCAGAGCCGUCUCCCGGUCCAGCUCCAGCAGCUCCGAGCGCCGUCGCAGUAAAAGCUCCAGUUCUGGCUCAAACAUCCCGGCGGCGUACCGUGACUCGAAGGACGAGAGGCGCAAAUCCUGGAGCAGAUCAUCCUCCAGCUCAGACAGCUCCUGCCGCCGGCGUGGAUCCGAGGACAGAAGAGACGGGCGGAGGAGCCGAUCCAGAUCUCCUUACGGCCACAGACGCUCUCGCAGGUCUCGCUCUCCGCGUUACACAAAGCUCACCUCCGCUCACCGUCGCUCCCGAAGCCCGAGGAGACGUUAUCCGUCCAGCAGGAGGGACGAGGAGCGGCGCCCUGAAAGACGGCCUCUCAGGAGACCGUCGUCACCCAGGAGGAGCCGCGAGAGACGAACGUCCGCAGAGAGAUCGGCCCGUCGGGACGAGAGGUCGAGCAGUGCGGAGAGGCUGACCAAGACGCUGCUGGAGUCCUCAGCUGUCCAGGCUCUGUCCCGCCAGAUGGACGUGGAGAGCGUGGUUAAAACUCUGGCUCCGGUCUUGUUAGCCGAGCUCGGCAAGAUGAAGGCGCCGAAGCAGCCCUGCGACACGGCGGAGGCGCCUAAAGCGAAGAGCGCCGCGUCUUCCUCUGCAAAGCCUGAGUCUCCUUCGGCUGAGCGGAAACAGGCUGCUGUAAGAAAACCCGGGCCGUCAACAGCGGAGCGCAAACCGGCGGACGAAGCGGAGCCAAAACGUCCUGCGAUCACAUCCACAGCUGCAGCUGCAGCUGCAGCGCCGAACAGAGAGCUGUUUUCUGCAGACGGUCUGACUCCAGGGGAGCAGAUAGAAAAACGCCUCGAUCCCAAAGACCUGCGUCCUCUUGAAUUUGAAGGUGUCCUAUCACUGCCAGAUACGCAUCAGCUGCUGAUAACCAACCUUCCUGAGUACUUUGAUGGCCGUUACACGGAGGAUGAGCUCGUCGAGCUUCUCCGACCUUACGGAUUCAACAACAGCUGUGACAUUUUUGUGAUUCCUCAGAAACAAAUGGCUGUUGCUUUCAUGCCGCAUGGAGACGGGCUGAAGGAUGCGCUCAGAACCUCGUGUGACGGCGGCAUCUUCCUCAAAGGAGCUAAGCUUCAUCUUCAGGCUUGCAGAUUAACAAGUAUUUCAGCGGAUUGUAGCAGUGCUGAGGACCCUCCAUUGCUUGGGUUCUACAAAGCUCUGAUGAAGUGCGUGCAUUUCAACGUGAAUAAUUCGGGGGGAAAUAUAAUCUACAUCCAGAAUAUCUCACCAAGCGAGGCCCGCGACCUCAGGAAGGCUCUGAGAAAGAUUGGGGGCGUAAGGAACUACCUGCCUCUACUCAACAAGGUUUAUGUCGAGUUUGAGUCGGAUCAAGACGCGGAUCGGCUCGGAGUUUGGUACAGCUUCCUGAAACGAGGCCGUGAACACAACGUGGAGAGGUUAAGACUACCAAAGACCCCCGCAAUAACACCCACUCCUAGUCUGCCUGCACAGGCCCUGCCUGACAGCGGUGAUGCUGUCGCUGAUGCAAGGAUCCCAAAAGCCAACAGUGGCGUUCCAGCUGGUACCGUCCCACCAUUUUGGAUCACCAUGCCAAAUGCGGCGUACGUGUUUCCCACUGUGUCGCCCUGGUUCAACAUCCCUGAUUUCCUGACGGUGACGGGAGUUGACGACAUAGAGAAAGCUCGGCCUCAGGCCUCCACAUCCUCCACCAUCAUGCUGACUGGUUUCUGUGGAUCAGCGUGGACCCAGGACCAAGUCAGUAAGCUGGUGUCGCCUUAUUUCCCCAAAACGGACCUCGGGUCUUCGGGCUUCGGCGUCGCCUUCCUGCCGCUGCAGAGGAGGGCCUUUGUGUUUUUCUCCUGCUGGGAUUCCUGCUGCGCCUUCGUCCGGGAUCACCUCAAAAAUCCCUUUUCUGAGGAAAGCGCCGCCCUCAGCGUCCACUUUGUGUUAGAGGACGUCCGUCCAGGAGCUGCUGAGGAGGCGUUGUACGCGACUCUGAUGAGACUGAGCAACGCUCACGUUUCCGAGCACGAGUCCCUCACUGAGCGACUCGUCUGUGUGGACGUCUCCGAUGUCCACUUGGACUUCGUCACAUGCCUUCUGAAAGUGGUUGAAACUAUCGCUCCUUUUGACAACUACCUGGUGCUUGCUGAUCGAAUCUACAUAGAAAUGUGUGAAUCCAGCGGCGUAGCUCAGGUGUUGGACUCUGACUUGUUGAAGCGUCCGUCUCAGAGUGGUGGUGGCUGGAGGGUUCAAAACGUCCGUCGUUUGAAGAGCCUAGAGGAGAGCAGACCUGCAGAUGGAGUCCAGCCUGGUGGCUCUGAAACCUCCGAUAGCCCUAAGAUCAAAGAUGAAGGUUGUGAAGAGCGGCGCAGCGACGCAGGUGCUUCUGUCACUGAGCCGGAGGACUUCCAGAGACCAGAUUCAGGUGGUAAUCAGACUGAAAGCAAAAGUUACCAUCAACACCCUGAAAUUCCUUGUGACGAGUUAUCUAAAGCCGACAGUGGACCCAUGGAGGAAGAGGAAAAGGACAGGGAGCUGAUUGUUCCUGUAAAAGAUCAGCCGGCGAGGACGGAGGAGGGUUUGGAGGGUAACGACAAACGGGAGCGAACGAUUGAAGAAGAAGUGACGAUUCAGGAAGAUAGUAGAUCGACCAGGAGGAGCAGCAGCAGGAUCAGGAGGUCUGAAGCCAAACCAGAAGAGAAACCAUCAAAGAAACAGAAAACAGCAGGUAAAAAAUGUAAGACAGGAGAAAAAGAGGAUAACGAGACCAAGGUGGAAGAUAGAGGUGCUGCUCCAGCUGAAGGAGACGUCACGUGUGGCGCUGCGGCCGAGGAGGAGCUAGAACAGCACCAGGAGGCUAAGAGAUCCGAUCCAGCAGGGAAGGAAAGGAAAUCCAGAACAAAUCCAAACAAACAACCAGGAGGUGACACUGGAGAAGAUGAACGGGCCUCCGUGAAGCCUGAGGUCACAGCUGCUCUAAACGAGGACCAGGAAGACAGAGCAGAUACUCUGAGAUCUGCCGACAGCACAGAUACAAACCGCCCAGAUCAGAGUCUGAACGCUGAAGCUGAAGUGAAGGUGGAGGAGAAGGAAGACGAGGUGACGCCGACCAGAAAGAGAGGCCGACCCAGGAAGAAAAGCAGGAAGACUCCCGUGAGAAAAUCUGCCAGAGGAAAAACUGAGAGCAAUGACGACAACAGAGAAGAAGACGACGACGAAUCGAGGCCUCCUGGUUCCUCUAUAGCUCUGGAUGUCGACGUGUCGGCUCUGUCGGGUGACGUCCAGCUGGAGAUCCAGGAGGAGGAGGAGAAGGAAACAGACGCUGAAGGUCCUGACAGACAGAACCUGGACGGAUGCUUGGGGGAGGAUGAAGGACACGGCAGAGCCGAUUUAAAAGCAGGCGGUAGAAAACGAGGGAAGAAGCUCGUUGAACCUGAGAAAAAGCAAACGCGUCAGUCUUAUUGUGGCGCCGACGACUUCAGCCUGCCGCCGUUCAGCCCCGACCGCUCCUUUGGUGAGGAGUUUACUGUCCGUAAACUGGGAUACUUCUGCUCCCUCUGCUCCGUUUUCUUUCUGCUUAAGAGCGCCAAAGACGAGGAUCACUGCUGCAGCGAAACGCAUUACGAGAACCUGCUGAAACAUUACCAGGUGAACGGAGAGCCACCUUCACCGCCUUCAAGAAGGAAGACCAGACGCUCUCGAUGAUCCUUUGUUUGUUUUUUUUGAACAAUCAGAAUCGUCCAAGUUUGGUGCACAAACAAGGAAUUUGAUUGUGUUCAGAGAGAC